AUGAAAAGGAUAGUCGUGUAUGCUAUUCGUUGGGCCCUGUGCCUUAUAUUGAUGUCUCUAUAUCAGCAUUUCUGUUGGGCUAAUAUCAUAGCCAAAGGCUCCGACAGUGCUCAGAACCUUGCCAAUAUGACCGGCCCCAACCUCGUAUUCGUGUCGCUUUUCUCGCUAUUUUUCAUUUGGCUGAAGUUCGUUAUCAUCUGGCGCUUCUUUCGACUUUGGGCGCUUUGCGAUGGUGUAGAAACGCCAGAAAACAUGACUCGAUGCGUCUUCAACAAUUACAGUUGCACACAGUUCUGGCGCUCGUGGCACAGGUCAUACAACCAAUGGCUCAUCCGAUACAUCUACAUACCACUAGGAGGUACCAAGUACAAGUUCCUUAAUAUCUGGGUUGUCUUCACCUUUGUCGCGGUGUGGCAUGAACUACAACUACAAAUGCUCCAGUGGGCAUGGGCUGUUUGUGCAAUGAUGAUACCUGAGAUAAUUGUAUCCCUCACUAUUCAGAAGCAGGAUUGGGCCAUACCUUUGAGGCAUUCUCCAUGGUAUAAGUAUCUGUGUGCUCUUGGUGCUGCCAUGAAUAUCCUAUUAUUGAUGUCUGCUAAUCUUAUUGGAUUCUCAUAUGGGUCUAAUGGACUUCAUAUCGUCAUGAAUUCGAUUAAGAAAGGCUUCAGCUGGGGUCCGAGUUUAGCCUUAUUCUUAGCGUUCCUGUGCGCCGCGCAUGUGAUGUUGUACGUCCGUCAACAAGAGGCUCUUAGGAGAGAGCCAUCGGUAGAGUCGGCAGUGCCAAUGGCAUCCAUGAAAAUGGCUGCAGCUGAAUGA